UCUCACAUGCUUCAAUUGUAUUUGGGAACACGAUUUAUCGGGGAGGAGAACCAUCCUUCGUCUUCGUCUUUUUUACCAAAAACUUUGUCUUUUUGACUGCUGCAAGGCAUUUCAAGGUUUUCUUGAACCUUCUGGUGUUUGUUCAUUGCUUGGAUUACAUGAUCCUGUGCUUUAAUGGAGCGGACAAGAAAACAUAGCCGUCGAAAACAGGGAUUCUGACUGAGGUUUUAACAAUCUUUAGACUCUUUGCUGCACUCUUCCUUCCAUUGUCAUGAGUAAUAUGAAGCAAAGAGAACCACCCGAGCCACCUUGCGACGUGGAUAGAAUUAGCAAUUUGCCGGAGCAUAUUGUAGACAAAAUUCUGUCGCAUUUAUCGCUAAGGGAUGCUGUUCGGACAAGCGUGCUAUCAACAAAGUGGAGAUACAAAUGGGCUACCCUUCCUUAUCUUGUAUUUGAUAAUCAAACUGUUUUGGUCCCUUGCCAAGAUCAGACCCUUGCUAAAAAUAAACUAGUGAGUAUUGUUGAUCAUGUCCUAUUACUUCACAUGAGCCCCAUACACAGAUUUAAGCUCUCUCAUCGCGAUCUUCAAGGUGUAUCCGACAUUGAUAGAUGGAUCUUAUUCCUGUCGAGGGGUUCGUUGAAGGAAUUUAUACUUGAAAUAUGGAAAGGUCAUCGGUACAAGCUUCCUUCUUGCGUGUACCUCUUCCAAAGCCUUAACCAUUUGGAACUUUUUAACUGCCUCUUGAAGCCUCCGUCUAAUUUCAAGGGCUUCAAAAACUUGAAGAGCCUUGAUCUUCAGCAUAUCACCAUGGACCAAACGUCCUUUGAACAUAUGAUAUCUAGCUGCCCAUUACUUGAACGCCUUACCUUGAUGAACUUUGAAGGUUUUGCCAUUCUCAAUAUUCGAUGUCCUAAUCUCCUUUUCUUUGAUGUUGGGGGUGUUUUUGAAGAUGUUAUUUUCCAAGACACCUUCCACCUGGCUGUCGUCUCUAUUGGCCUGUACGUGAACACGGGCAAUGAAAGAAUCACUGCAUUUGGUUGCACUGGUAAUAUGAUCAACUUUUUUGCGUGUCUACCACACAUUCAAAGGCUUGAGGUCCAGAGCUAUUUCUUGAAGUAUUUAGCUGCUGGAUCGAUACCUGGGAAGCUACCUAAACCUUGCAACGAUCUUAGUUUUCUUUCCCUACGCAUUAACUGCAAUGACACAGAUGAGAAUCUGGCUGCUCUUUGUCUUCUCCGAAGUGCUCCCAACCUUCAGGAGCUUGAGCUGUUACAGGCUCGCACAGAUGAACAAGCUAGCACCACUAGAACAGCUGCUAACACAGUGGAAAAUUUUCAUAGCAUCACUUUCAGUCAACUGAGGCUUAUUAAGAUUGUCGGAAUUACUGGAAUGAGGCAAGAACUGAGCUUUAUCGAAUUCCUACUUGCAAGUACACCGAUUCUUGAAAGGAUGAGCAUUCGACCAGCUUCAGCGGAUGGAAGAUGGGAACUGGUCAAGGAUCUGCUCCGCUUUCGAAGAGCUUCCAUGUUUGCAGAAAUCAUUUAUCUUGAUCCUUAGCUUGUUGAAAAUUGCAUAAUUCCUCUUUAAUCCACCAGAUACCUGUUUAUAGUUGGUAUCUUGAUGCCAGGGCUUGAUGAUGAAGGUAGAAUAGAGGGAAAUUAUCCAUCUGAAAUCAAUAUUCUUUGGGAACAGAUGCUUUUAUUACAUUUGUGCGUUUACAUAUAUUUCAUGUACAUCAGAGAGGAGUAUCAAUGGUGUGUUCCUCAUUUUCUCCUUAAUGCUUCCACUAAUUCAACUACAUACAUGCUAAUGAGGUACCAGGUGACACCAGCUAAAGCAACCGGUGACCAUGAGCUGUUAACAAUGGCUAGUGCCAUGGAACCACCGAGAUGGUCCUCUAGGCCACCCGAUGGUUCCCCAAGGUGCAACCUAACAACAGCUGCUGCUACCAUGGCUGUUCCAAUCGGUACGCCCCAUCUUAAAGGGCUGUUAGAGCCCUUCUUGGGGCCUGAUACUUCACCAUCGCUUGAUCGGUUCAUCUUCCUAUUUGGAAUAGGGUUAGCUCCAUGGUUUGGGGUAGAGACUGAAUUGAUAACCUCUGGUAUUGCAUUAGAGGUCGGCACCCAAUACUCAUGGCUGUUGCUCAUCAUUGAUUCUGUUUGUUUUGCAGGGUUUGAUCCUUGUUUUCGCGCAUCCGCAGCAGCUUUCAGCCUUUUCAUACUUUGUCCGUUAUGUCCUCUUGAUCUCACUUGUGAAUAAUUCUGUGUCGCUGCCAGUGGUGUAGCUUCUGUGUUGGGAGAUUGCCAGUACAGCCAAUUCGAUAUCAUUUGAAUCGCUUGAAUAGCUGACAUUCUCGACGCCAUUUGAUCCUCGGAUUCCUUCAAUGAAAAGUUCACUUCAAGAAGUUAUAAAAUGGAUUCAAAUAAUAGACAUCGAUUGCUGGAAAAGCAAUCCAACCUUGGAAGUAGCUCUGUAGUCUGCAUAUCUAGCCUGAAAUUUCUCCAUUUCAUCGAAGACAUCCGAGGUUCGCAUACCUGCAGUGUUCCCUGCGCCGACUCUCACUCUACCCCGGGGUUGCUUCGACAUCAGGUAUUCCAGGGCAGCCAGGUUCGAUCUUUCUACCAUUCUAUUGUUCCAUGUGCAGCAGAUGGAGAGAAAAAACAAACAAGACAAUCAAAUUGCACUACAGAUGAUGAGAGAAAAAUGGACUGGAAUUCUUACGAGAUGCAGUUGACAGGACAUGCUCCAAUGGCUUCUUGAAUUUUGCCCUCAGGAUCAGCCCAUUGCGCCACCACUCUGGCCCUUCCGUACACAGAUUCGACGGCGAAAGUUUUGCUGGCAAAUAAGGCACACUUCAAGCAACCUAUACACUUGACUUCAUCCACGAAGACAGCUCUCUCUUCUUGCUCCGAUCCUAACCAGACAGAAUACAUCGGCCUCCCUGUGUAGCCGUGCAAAUCUGCAACUUUUUCCAGCUCCUGAAUCGAUUGUCAAAGUUGCAAUAACAAGACUCAGGUUCCACGGUCAGGUCUUUUAAGAAUGGAAGUUUCAGUUUCAGACAUUUCUGGGCUUCGAAUUACCUUAUCGUAAGCCAGACGGGCGUUGGGGUCGGAGAGCAGAGCAUAAGCCUCGUUGAGAACGAUGGCCAUGUCAUGGCCGGCGGGGCCGGCGAUGUCAGGGUGGCACCGCUUCUGCAACGCCCUGUAGGCUUCCUUUAUCUGGGCCUUGUCGGAAGACGCCUCCACACCAAGAAGUUCGUACAGAUUGAAUUCCGUGAUCGUGGUCGGAGACGAGGCCCUGCAUGAUGCGACAGACCACCUACUACCUGGCGAGGAGGGAUGCUUGUUUGCCCCAAACGUCGUCGUUUUGGGAUUAGGGCUUGGCAAGAUUGCACAAGGAGCGUAGUGAAGAAAUGGUGCAGAGACAGCCUGCAUUUUUCUUCUUCACUUUUGGUAUUCGCCAAUCAAAGCUCCAACAUCAUAAUAAUACUAUUUGCUUUGCUCAGAUUUCAUUAGAUAUUUUCGACAGAUAUUUUUCUUUCCAAAAGGAAAAUUUUCUUUUA